CAGGGUGAUACUCCUAAGAACAGGGCUGAGAAGGCUCAUGAUGCUGAAUUGGCGGCCUAUCUGGAGAACAGACAGCAUUACCAGAUGAUACAGAGAGAGGACCAGGAAACAGCUGUCUGAAACUGUUGAACUCUUUAUGAACAUCUUUGUGAGACUGGAACACAAAUUCCAGCUUACUGCUAAUGAGUCCUUCCUUGAAAGCACAGAGUGCAGACUGAGAGUGAACCUGUGCCAAAUCUGAUCUCCACAUGCAUUUAAUACUGAUUAUGUGAUAUAAUGAUGAUAAUGACAGUUAUAUGGAUUACAUGGAUUGAUAUUUAUGUUAAUGUGGGUUAAGAUUUACGGUAAGAUUAUGAGAUUUUUUCAUUUUGAGUAGCCCAGUUAUAAUAAUAAUGUUAGUAAAGUCAGUAUAAAAUAGAACCUUUGGGAUGAUUGGAACCUUGUCUUGAGUUUAAAUAGUAAUAUGGGGAGUCAUUUUUGACAGACUUGUUCUUCAAAAUGCUUUUAUAUCAAACUAAUUCAAAGGACUUACUAAAAUGUAUUCUUCUUUUGUGGGUUCAUUCAGUAUCAGAGAGUAAAUAGGGUCUGCAGACUUUAAUGUUAAUGUUAUGUUUGAAAAACUCAGGAAAGGUAGUUCAUUUCAUACAACCAUGGAUUAAAAAUCAAACGAGACUAAAACUGUAAAGCCCGGUUACCUUUAAAGGUUGCAAUAUUACUAAAAUGUAAGAUGUUAAGUUUUUCUUUGGGGUGAGGUUAUGAAACAUCUUGUGUGAGCCAUGAUAAAAUUUUGGCUUAAAGAUGGCGCUAGAUUGAACUUUAUUGAAUAUCCAACAAGGGUAAACUUCUUGGGAGAAAUAUAAGCCCAGUGGGGAAAGAAACGAAUGGUGCUGAGUGCUGAAUGCUGAGAAUGUCAGGGGAUUCUGAAAUCAUAAGGUAGAGUUGAGCUGUAUGUUAAAAUUUUCCAACUGGCCACCAUCAGCAGCCUUUUAGCUUUAAUAUGUUCACAAAAUGUCAUGAAAGAAAAUAUUUUUUUUUCUUUUUAAACAGAAAAAUACAACCGUACACCUUCUGAAUUCGAGUCUCUCUUUUACCAAACUAAGACUAGUCAAACACACUUCCUUUAAUCUCAAGAGGAACAGAAUAAAACUUACCAAAAGCAUCUUGGUUAGUCUUUUAAUCACCAACUCUGGUGUCUAACCCUCUAAACCAAUUAGUUGUGAAAAUAUUCUGGCUGUACACGCUGCCCCUUGACUUUGCACUCACUCCUCUCCCAUUUGACGCCUCUACUGUUCCUGCCAUGUCUUUGUCAUGCCAGGACUGAUGGAGCGAUGGACUCCAUUUACUAAUAACAUAUUUUUCCAGUUACCUAACACUGUCAUAAGGACUCUACUCAACCAUUCACAGAUAACUGAUAUAUUUUUCGAGUUGCCCAACCCUGUAAUAAGGACUUAGUAUUAAGUCUCUGUCUAGUAGUUGUUGAGAAAUCUUGUUUAAACCAAAGUGUUGACCAGACAGUGGUUCCCCUGUUUGUUGGUUGGAAUGAAGCUCUGGGAUUAUUUCACUGAGCAGAAAUGACAUGAUCACUUAUGCUGUGAACCUGCUGUACUUCUUUAAAACAUUUUGAUUGAUCUUACCUCACCCAUACAACUUUAUCAAUAUGUUGUAUUUUCUUGACUUAUAUCAGCAUAUUCUAGAGAUCAUUACUAUUUAUAUAAAUAUAUGAUGGAAAAUAAUCCAAGUGAUGUUUUUAUUGUGCCUGUACUGAAGGAUUGAAUGUAUGAGAUGAAUUCCUGAACUCCAUUUAAGCAUCCAAAAUCCAAUCAAUCAAAACAUUAGAUCAAAUACAAGCAAUAUUUAAAUCUUUUGUUUGCAGCAUAUUGUGCUCUGGCAGAUUGGCACAUUCCAUUUCCUUUUUGUUUUUUUUAAACUGACAAAAACCCUAAUGUGAUUACUCAACUUUCUUUUUCUUUUUGUGACUGUGGGUUAGGGGAAUUCUAUUAGAGUACAAAAAUAGAAUUAGAUCAAAUGCGUGUGUGUACUUUAGAUUAGAAAAAGAAAAUCAAAUGUUCAUAUUUAAUUAGGUUGGUAAGUUAUCUAAAAUCAAGUCUCAAAUCAUGUAUGAUUAUUAUAUUUAGUUUGUGCCAUAUUUAAAAGCUUGUUUACAUUUAAAGUUAAAUUAUGGUUAUAAAUUUAAUGUGAAAAUGAAACUCUGACACCACCAAUGGGAGGAUAACCUUUAUUGUCACACCCAUCUUCCAAUUACAUCUGGCUCCAUUACCUGCUUAGAGAGGUGUAGUAUGAAGGAAGUUGUAUAUAGCCGGGCUUUCUUUGCCUUAGCUGGCUUGCUAAACCUACAAUCCCGAUCAGAGAUCGAUUUUCCUCUCGAGCUCUGUGCGCUUUCCCAUAAAAGGGGACAUUUAAUGUUUCAUUUUACUCUUCUGCACAAAAUGGACUAAUUGGUUGCCGCCUACUUCCUUAUAAUGGAGAGCUAUGAAGAACAACAUUAUAAAAAAUUAUUACAACAAUAAGCAACAUUGUAUGGCAAGAGAGUAACGGUGGUAGAAAAUUGAUAAGAUAUUCCUUUAAUAGUCCCACCACCAUGGGGAAAUUCCAAUAAUAAUAAUAAUAAUAAUAAUAAUAAUAAUUGACUUAACCCACUCUCAAUGCCUACAUUACAACUGCAUAUUGUAAAGCUUGAUACAGUAUAUUUAAACAUUAUAUUUUGACACUGUCUCAUAAUGAACGAUAUGUGGAAAACCCUUUUUUUGUCUAAAUCAAGUGAAAUGAAUUUUAUUGAUUCAUAAUUAUUUGUGACAAAUGUUAAUAGACUUGGGGAGAUGUUUCAGAUACAAACACAACAAAUCCUGCAGCUUUACCUCAGUCUUUAAUUCAGAAAAACUGCAUGCAUUUUGCCAAUUCUGCUGUAUUUCUGCUUGUAAUGGCAGGUCACAUAUUCUUGACAAUUUUUGAUGACAUAACUGAUUUACACCAGUUUUCCAUAGAGCUUUUAAAAUGAAUAUUGCAUCACUGAACAAAAAAUCCAGUUCAUUCUCGUGUAUGGUCAUCCUGCAAGUUGUAGGAACAACAGAGCUCUAAACUAGGAGUGCCCUGCUGAACCUUCAUACCUUUGUUCCGUGUCAGUUCUUUUGAGGCACAUGAUUCUGAGAUGCAAAAUGAAGAUCUGCACAUUGCUUUGAUAAAACAAAAUACUGUGCAACGUGAGGUAACCUCCAACCUAUUUUCAAACAUAGCUGAGGAAAAAAAGUAUCUUUACACCAGAUUUCUUGAGGGUUUGAUGAUUUCUGUCCAAAUGUUUUACAAUAAAUUAAUAGAAUAUACCUUGCCUUUGACCUCAGCACAGCAGCUGCUCAAAUAAUUGGAAACUCUCAAACUAGCUUGACUGACUGUUUAUUUUAAUUUAUUUUGCCUGUGAAUUUUAGAAUUUGAAAUGUGUUGGUGUCUUCAGAUUAGCUUUGCAUUGACAAUAAACUUGCAUGUACUGCAUCGCAGUGAUGUAUAGCAGGUUAGAUGUUAUCUUUUUUUAAUUUACAUCUGUAGCCAAUCUAGUCUUUAUUCUCUCAUGUUGACAUUGGCAUUGUUUUUUGGUAAAUGCAUUGAUGUGAAACAGUUAAAAUUGUUUUAAUUUUGUAUUUUUUUUCUCUCUUUCUAAUCAUGCAUUUCUUUUUUGUUUGUUUUUAAGUUCUUUGAUAUUUGUAUAAUUUGUUAUAUAUAAUAAAAGGCAGUAUAUUUGAA